AUGGCGCUCGCAGCGGCAGCCGCGGUAGCUGGAGGCGUGGCCUCUUCUUUGUAUCUUGACGCGAAAUACCAUCUCUCGAAGGAUAUUAAUUCACUCCGAGGCCGCCGAACAGUCGUCAGCGCAAUUGAAAACGCUGUCAAGACCGACCGCGUUUCUCCCUACUACAUCUUCGAACAAGCAGUCCAAAAGCACCCCUACGAUGAGGCCAUCUGGACGAGAAAUGGAAGCGUCUCGUGGAAGACCACCUACGAUCGUGUCAACCAAUAUGCUCAACUAUUCCUCUCUUAUGGCGUCAAGCCCGGACAAUUCGUCGCUUUCUUCAUGCAGAACUCCCCCGACUUCGCUUUCGCCUGGGUCGGACUACUCGCUAUCGGUGCCGCACCGGCCAUGAUCAACUACAACCUCACCGGCAAGGCUCUUCUCGGCUGUAUUGAGAUCAGCACGGCGAAACUUGUCCUUGUGGACGGAUCAGCGGAGGUCGCGGCGAAGUACCAGGACGUAAACACCGAGCUCGACAUGAAGGGGAUCAAGCUUAUCAACUUGGCCGAAGAGAAGCCGAGGGUCUAUCAGAUGGAUCCGGUACGGCCGCAUGACAACCUCAGGAAGGGAAUGAUGCCAGGUGACGCGAUGGCUCUUUUCUAUACCAGUGAACGAUGCUAUAUCUGCAUGCCAUACUAUCAUGGGACCGGCGGCAUCACGAUGAUGUCACAGAUACUUUCGGGAUCCACAGUUUGCAUGGCUCCAAAGUUCAGUGUCUCGACAUUCUGGGACGACAUUCGGGACUCUAACGCGACCUGGUUCGUCUACGUCGGCGAGACGCUGCGAUACCUCCUCGCCGCGCCGCCCUCGCCGCGGGAUAAAGAACACAAUAUUCAUGCCGUCUUCGGGAACGGUUGCCGUCCAGAUGUCUGGAGGCGAUUCCAAGAACGAUUCGGUGUUGACACCGUUUGCGAGUUCUACAACAGUACUGAGGGUGCCUUGGGGCUGCGCAACCUUUCACGAGGAGAUUUCUUUGCCAACGCUGUUGGCCAUCACGGCUUGCUACUUCGACUCAAAUACAGAAACAUGUAUGUUCCUGUCGCCAUUGAUACGGAGACUGGCGAAGUCCAAAGAGAUCCUAAGACAGGGCUGGCGAUCCGGAUGUCUUAUGAGACUGGCGGAGAAAUAUUGGUAGAACACCCAGGUGAGAGGGCGUUUCCAGGUUAUUUCAACAAUCCCGAUGCAACGGACAAGAAGUAUGUGAGGGAUGUCUUGAAGAAGGGAGACAUCUUCUACCGCACUGGUGAUUCUCUGAGACGGGAUGCUGAUGGCAGAUGGUUCUUUUUGGAUCGACUCGGGGACACCUACCGGUGGAAGGGUGAGAACGUGUCUACAGCUGAAGUGUCGGAAGUGCUCGGAGAAUACCCUGGUGUGAAUGAAGCAGUUGUUUACGGCGUUUCCCUCCCUGGCCACGAUGGAAAAGCUGGCGCGGCAGCUCUCGAUAUCGCUCCAGACAAGAAGGCGUCCUUCGACUUCGCUGACUUCCUGAGGUACUCGCGAUCCCGGUUGCCACGAUAUGCCGUGCCAAUUUUCGUUAGGCUAUUGAAUGCAAGCCAAGCCAGCCACAACAACAAGCAGAACAAGGUGCCAUUGAAGAACCAAGGCGUUGACCCGAGCAAAAUCGAGGGUGGAGAUCAGCUUUUAUGGAUUGAGAAGCACGGCAAGGGGAACACCUACGUUCCAUUUACGCAGGACGACUGGGACAACCUUGGGCAGGGCCGAGCGAAGCUGUAG